AUGGGCAACACUAUUUCAAAAAAACGUAAUAAACAUGGUGGAGGUGGAGGUGGUGGUAGUAGUCGUCAAUACAAGCAGCAACAACCACCUGUCCAAACAGUCUACGUCCCUGACAAUGAGUAUAGUACCAAUACUGCACAGUCGGGCAACUCCAUUCUAGUCAAUUCCCACCAUCGGUCAUCUAGAACGCAAUCAUCACAAGACGAGAUGGCAGCAUUAGCUCAAUUGAAUCCAGAAUAUCCUGUAACGCAACAACAACAACAACAACAACAGUACUAUGCGACUUCAACAGAUAAAGAAGCAGCAGAACAACAUCCCCAGCAUAAAUUAUUAUCUCAAUCCGACUACUGGCCUCCUCAUAAAAAUGAUACCAACAAUCAACAGCAGCAGCAGCAACAAUACCCCAAUAACAACCACCACAGUAAUGGCUACUAUAACAACAAUUCGACGGAUGAAAAUCAGCUGACAGUCGGAUCCCUUAACCAGUUGACAGUCAGCAGCAUGUUGAAAGGACCGCUUCAGGUAGACGACUGUAUCCGUCGAUUGAUCGACGUCGGCCGAUCCAACAAGGUGCCGAAACAGCUCUGCUUAAAGAACUCCGAGGUCAAUGCGAUUUGCAAAACGGCAUACGAAAUUUUCAUGAGCCAACCGGUAAAGAAAAAAAAGAAGACGCUACUGGAAUUGUCACCACCCGUCAAGAUCGUCGGCGAUACGCAUGGUCAAUUCACUGACCUAAUCCGGCUAUUUGACAUGGGCGGAUUUCCACCGAGCAGUAAUUACUUAUUUUUGGGUGACUAUGUGGAUCGUGGCAAGCAGUCGUUGGAAACCAUCUUGUUGUUGCUGUGCUACAAGAUCAAAUACCCAGAGACGUUCUUUUUGUUGCGUGGAAACCAUGAAUGUGCAAAUGUGACAAGAGUAUACGGCUUUUACGACGAAUGCAAACGACGAUUGAAUCCAAAAAUGUGGCGAGUCUUUAUCGACGUGUUCAACACGAUGCCCAUUGCCGCGCUUGUGGCCAACAAGAUCUUUUGCGUGCACGGGGGUCUGUCACCUUCGUUGCACAACAUGGACGAGAUCCGCCAGUUGGAACGACCGACCGAUGUGCCUGAUUACGGUCUUCUCAAUGACUUAUUGUGGAGUGAUCCUGCAGACCUGACUGGCGACUGGGAGGACAACGAACGCGGUGUGUCGUACUGUUUUGGCAAGAAGGUCAUCAACGAGUUCCUGGCCAAAUUCGACUUGGACCUGGUCUGCCGUGCACACAUGGUGGUGGAGGACGGAUACGAGUUUUUUAAUGAUCGGACAUUGGUCACGGUGUUUUCGGCUCCAAACUAUUGUGGCGAGUUUGAUAAUUUUGGAGCGAUCAUGAGCGUUUCGGAGGAAUUGUUGUGUAGUUUUGAAUUGCUUACACCGGCAGAUCAUCCGCUGGCUCAAAAGCAGCAGCAGCAGCAGCAGCAGCAACAGCAAUAUAAUAGCAAUAGCAGUAGUAAUGGCAAUAGUAGUAGUAGCAGUAAUCACUCUAAUUAUAAUAACAAUCCACCCGUAGCAGCUGCUGGUAGUUAUAAUUAUUACGACAGCAACAGACCACCCGUGUAA